CUAUAGACGCGGUAAAAACAUACAUUAAAGUGGUGUUUGUAAACAUGCUGAGCAGCAUGAGAUUGAGCACUCUUCCGCGCAUGCGCAGUGCGACGCCGCACAAUCCCAGCGCUUGAAGCUGUGCAGUGCGUUUGUUGUGUCUACUGGUAAGUAGAGUUUCCUGAUCGACUGUGACAUUUGGCACAAUGGCUCUGAUCUCCAUCGAGGAUCUCGACGGACUGGAGGAUGAGCAGGUGGACGAUGACAUCGCCGACAGCUCCGAACCAAUGGAUGAUGAGGAGCAGGACAGAAUGUACGCCCACUGGCAAGCGGUUGGAAGGACACAUCAGGUGUCUGUUCCCAGAGAGAUGAGAGGACCCAUUCAGGAGAUGACGAGAAGGAACCAGACCUCAGAACGAGAGCAAGUGCCUUUUGCAACCAUCUCCAGACACGAGAAGCUUGGUGAAGUCAUGUACGAGGAGAGAGUGUAUCCUCCAGGAAAAUGGGCAUGUGUCAGUAAAGCAGAUACGCUGUACGAGCAAAGCAUCUCCAAUGCUUUUAUGAAACUCAUGCGCUUCAUCUGCAAGGAGAAUUCAACAGGACGGUAUCUUGGCAUGUCAAUACCUGUUGUGAAUGAGAUUACGAUGACAGAUGACGGCACUAACUUCAGGAAGGAUGUAUUGACGGCAUAUUAUCUGCCUGCCGAGUUCCAGGCCAGACCGCCUGAAGCGAACGAUCCUGAUAUUAGAAUCGUUCACAGGGACUCGAUUCGGGUCAUAGCCAGGGUGUUUUAUGGCACCACAACAGAGGAGACCAUCUCUCGUCAGAUUAGCAUGCUUUGGGAGCUUCUGGGCAACUCUGAGGAUGUUCUCCAAGACCGUUACAUGGUAGCCGUUUAUGAGAAUCCUGGCGUACCCCAACGCAGAAAUGAGAUCUGGUUCAUUCGCCGUGGCUCGUGAACGUUUCACAGCUCGCCUUUUAAGCCAGCAGAGAUGUUUGAAUAGCUGAAUGUCUCGAAAUGAAGGGGUGAAGCUAGUCACAAUCAAAACCCAUUUAUCCUUUUAUAUUGUUGUGAGUGCGAUGCAGAAAAUAUUUGUUUUUAAUCAGUGAGUAAAGAAACUGCAGCUUGUUUCAUAAGAUAUAGAUUAUACACUAACAUUACAGCACUGUAUAUAGCCUGCUGUUGAUUUCAGGGUCAACGUGGAAUUGCUAAGAGACAUCAGCAGGUGACUUCACCCUGGCAUUAUUUUUUACUUGGACAGUAUGAAGACGAUUUAUUAUGCUUCCUGUGUUUUUUGCUUGAUUUAAAUAUUCAACACUACUUGAAUUCGCUGUUAUUGUUCGAUUUGUUUUAGUGCAGAAAAUUGUUUAUCUAGGUUUUCCGUAGUGCCCUAACAUGGUGUCAGCAAUGAUAACGGAUAUUAUAAUGUUCACAACUAAUCUGUGAACGGUAAAUCCUUCAAUAAUGGCAUUUGUAGCUUGUUAGUUGCUUUAUAUGUGGGUUGAGAAACAGGUUCAGGUUUUAGGAAAAAAGUAUUUACAGCUCUUCAUACUUAUCAUAUUAUUGUAAUUUUAAGUAGUCAUUUAAAUUUUGUGUUGGAAAACUGUUGUAAAUUUAAAAUAUUUUUUGUACUUUUGUGUAACAGAGUUUCAAACCAUUUAUUAGACAAUCAUUGGUCAGAGCUUUUCUGUCUCUAAAUCUCAAUUUACAUUUUUAUCUCAUGAGCCAGUCAAAUUAUUACCUGUUAGAUAUUAGUAGUCUAUUCCAGUUUAAAUUUGCCACGAGUAUGGCAGUAGUAUGGUUUUUACGGGUAUGCUUGUUGACCUCUUUUCUAAAGAUGGAGUCUACAAGUCUAGUAUAUCUAAACACAGCUUUUUCUCCAAAUGAAUGGGACCACCUGGCAAAAUAGCCCUUUGCAGCAGUAUUGUUUCUGAGCACUAUUUGAUCUCAAGUAACUGCAUUUACUUAAUGUAUUUUGUUGUUGUGUUUUAAAUGAUCUAAUCACUGUUAUGACACUUUUUUUAACAUGAUUCCUUGCUUUUGUGACAUUGAUGGCUUAGGUUGUACUUUUAAUUGAUGUUUGCCCUGUCAAAGUAAAGUCUGAAGUCUGUAAUAAUACUAAUAAACCUUAUUUAAAGAACACUUUGUGUAUAUCAACAUGCUUUACAAAGAACUGAAAAAGUUUAAUAAAUGUAUACAAAUAAAGUGUUUAAAUAAAUGGUGUCUAAUGUUGUCGUGGAU